GACAAAAUAACAAUAAGAUCUCUUUUUCUUCUCUGCUUCUCACUCGUCUUCUCCAAUUUACUCUUUUUUUUUUCCUUCCUCUGCAGAGUCUCUCUUUCAUCACUUUCUCGGAAAAACAAAAAAAAAAAAGUUUUUUUGUUUCUUUCUCAUUUACGAUACGAAGAAGAGAGACCAUGGCGCUCGUGAAAUCUGAAACGAAGGCGUUGGGAAAUCACCACCAGCAGCAGCAGAAGCAUUCUUCAAGGUUUACUUCUUCGCUUUACGUCGGCGAUCUUAGCCCAGACGUGACGGAGCAAGAUCUCAUCCACAAAUUCUCCUUGACUGUUCCUGUCUCUUCCGUUCAUCUUUGCCGUAACUCCGUCACCGGAAAAUCCUUGUGCUACGCUUACGUCAACUUCGAUUCUCCUUCCACCGCAUCGAAUGCUAUGGCGUGCUUAAACCAUACUGAUUUGAAAGGGAAGGCUAUGCGAAUCAUGUGGUCUCAGAGGGAUCUUCAAUACCGUCGUACUACUGGGCUUGGAAAUCUAUACGUUAAGAAUCUUGACAGCUCGAUCACUAGCAUUUGCUUAGAGCGAAUGUUUUCCCCCUAUGGAGACGUACUCUCUUGCAAAGUCGCUGAAGAGAAUGGCAAAAGUAAAGGUUUUGGUUUUGUUCAGUUUCAUACAGAGCAAUCUGCUGCAGCUGCUCGUUCUGCCCUCCAUGGCUCUGUGGUUGAUGGCAAGAAACUGUUCGUAGCCAAGUUCAUCAACAAGAAUGACAGAGCAGCUAUGGCAGGACAUCAAGAAUCCACAAACGUUUAUGUGAAGAACCUUAUCGAAACUGUUACAGAGGAUUAUCUACAUACACUGUUUUCUCAUUAUGGGACAGUCUCAAGUGUUGUGGUUAUGAGGGAUGGUAUGGGAAGAUCUAGAGGUUUCGGAUUUGUCAACUUCUGCAAUCCAGUAAAUGCUAAGAGAGCUGUGGGAUCUCUCCAUGGAAAACCACUUGGAUCGAAGACUUUGUUUGUUGGAAUGGCACUGAGAAGUGAUGAAAGGAAGGAGAUGCUGAAGCAAAAAUACGGGGGCAACUUUAUUGCCAAGUCUAACAUGGGAUGGUCCAAUCUGUACGUGAAGAACUUGAGUGAAUCAAUGAAUGAAACAAGACUGCGAGAAAUAUUUGGAAGCUAUGGGCAGAUAGUCUCAGCUAAAGUGAUGCGUCAUGAGAAUGGUAGAAGUAAAGGAUUCGGCUUUGUGUGUUUCUCUAACUGUGAAGCGUCCAAACAGGCUAAAAGAGAGCUCAAUGGGUUUACAGUUGAUGGAAAACAAUUUGUUGUUCGAGUUGCUGAGCGCAAAGAGGAUCGACUCAAGAUGUUGCAGCAAUACUUUCAUGGAAAACCACAGCAUUACACGCAAGUUCCUCCUGUUCCUUCACCAGCUCAGCUAGUCCUCCCAACUUUGCCCAGCAGCUUUUAUGGACAACCACAUCAUUACACGCAAGUUCCUGUCCCUUCACCAGCUCAGCCAGUCCUCCCAUCUGUGCCCAGCAGCUUUCAUGGACAACCACAUCAUUACACGCAAGUUCCUCCUGUCCCUUACGGGGCAUCUUAUUACUAUAUGGCGCCUCAGUUACCACAAAUGUUUAGCCACCAAAACAUCACCACCUGUGUUCCAGCUGGCCAGGCUCCUCUCAAGGAGAAAAGAUCAGUGCACCUAGUCUACAAACACCCGGCUUAUCCCUUUGCCAAAAAUGGUGCCAAACAGAAACUCGUCUUUAAGGGUGAAGGUAACCGAACUUUAGAGGCUGCGACAUGCUCAAAAGCAACAACAUCUGCUGAGAACCGUAGAGAAGCAUCACCCGCUUUGAAAGUAAUGUUGUCACCAAAAGUGAAGAAGGCAGAGAAGUCAGGAAAACAAAUUGCACUAAUUGGAGGGAGCUGCUUAAACAUUGGCCCUGCUGCUGUGGCUUGAGAUCUCUCACCGCUUAGAAUUCCACUGCUUUCAUUUUAACCCUUCAAUAGCUUUUGCUCAUAGAAAUUGUACAGAUUACAAGAGCUUCGAUCUGUAGAUCUUUAGAUCUACAACUCUUUAGCAUUUUAAUCAUUUUGUUUUUGUGAAAAAGAACAUGCAGAGGUAGGUUGUAUAUAGUUUCUGGUAUUCUCAAACUUUUGGUUUUCUUGUAGUAAGUUUCAAUACAUUUUUAGUAAAUAGUGGUGGUUUGAUA